GUCUUGGCCCUCCUGGGGCUCAGAGUCCAGCAGGAGAGACAAGUCUUAGGCCAACACAUUUGUCACAUGGGGGCUGUCAUUAGUCCCAUUUUAUGGGUGAAGAAAUUGAGUGAAGAAGUGACCUGUCCAUGGCCUCAGCUGGGUGGCUAUUUCCCUGAGAAUGUCAAGGCCAUGACCAGUCUGCGAUGGCUGAAGCUGAACCGCACUGGCCUCUGCUACUUGCCAGAGGAGCUGGCUGCCCUACAGAAGCUGGAACAUUUGUCUGUGAGUCACAACAACCUGACCACGCUUCACGGGGAGCUGUCCAGCCUGCCAUCGCUGCGGGCCAUCGUGGCCCGUGCCAACAGCCUGAAGAACUCUGGAGUCCCUGAUGACAUCUUCAAGCUGGAUGACCUCUCGGUUCUGGACCUGAGCCACAACCAGCUGACGGAGUGUCCACGGGAGCUGGAGAACGCCAAGAACAUGCUCGUGCUGAACCUCAGCCACAACAGCAUCGACGCCAUCCCCAACCAGCUCUUCAUCAACCUCACCGACCUGCUGUACUUGGACCUCAGCGAGAAUCGCCUAGAGAGCCUGCCCCCCCAAAUGCGCCGCCUUGUGCACCUGCAGACGCUUGUGCUCAAUGGAAACCCACUGCUGCACGCCCAGCUCCGGCAGCUCCCAGCCAUGAUGGCCCUGCAGACCCUGCACCUGCGGAACACCCAGCGCACCCAGAGCAACCUCCCCACCAGCCUGGAAGGCCUGAGCAACCUGGCAGAUGUGGACCUGUCCUGCAAUGACCUGACACGGGUACCUGAGUGCCUGUACACCCUUCCCAGCCUGCGCCGCCUCAACCUCAGCAGCAACCAGAUCACAGAGCUGUCCCUCUGCAUCGACCAGUGGGUGCACGUAGAGACCUUGAACCUGUCCCGCAACCUGCUCACUUCACUCCCCUCAGCCAUCUGCAAGCUGACCAAGCUGAAGAAGCUGUACUUGAACUCCAACAAGCUGGACUUCGACGGGCUGCCUUCGGGCAUUGGCAAGCUGACCAGCCUAGAGGAGUUCAUGGCCGCCAACAACAACCUGGAGCUGAUCCCCGAAAGUCUCUGCAGAUGCCCAAAGCUGAGGAGACUCGUCCUGAACAAAAACCGCCUGGUGACCCUCCCAGAGGCCAUCCACUUUCUGACGGAGAUCGAGGUCCUAGACGUGCGGGAGAACCCCAACCUCGUCAUGCCUCCCAAGCCCACUGACCGCGCUGCGGAGUGGUACAACAUCGACUUCUCACUGCAGAACCAGCUGCGGCUGGCGGGGGCCUCUCCUGCCACAGUGGCUGCAGCAGCAGCUGCAGGGAGUGGGCCCAAGGACCCCCUGGCCCGCAAGAUGCGCCUUCGGAGGCGCAAGGACUCAGCCCAGGACGAUCAGGCCAAGCAGGUGCUGAAGGGCAUGUCCGACGUGGCCCAGGAGAAGAACAAAAAGCAGGAGGAGGGUGUGGAUGUGGGGACCCCUGGAGGAAAGGCGCGGCGCUGGGACCAGGGCCUGGAGAAGCCGCGCCUGGACUAUUCUGAGUUCUUCGCCGAGGACGUGGGCCAGUUGCCCGGCCUGACCAUCUGGCAGAUCGAGAACUUCGUGCCUGUGCUGGUGGAGGAAGCCCUCCACAGCAAGUUCUACGAGGCUGACUGCUACAUUGUGCUCAAGACCUUCCUGGACGACAGCGGCUCCCUGAACUGGAAGAUCUACUACUGGAUCGGCGGGGAGGCCACACUUGACAAGAAGGCUUGCUCUGCCAUCCACGCCGUCAACUUGCGCAACUACCUGGGUGCGGAGUGCCGCACGGUGCGAGAGGAGAUGGGCGACGAGAGCGAGGAGUUCCUGCAGGUGUUUGACAACGACAUCUCCUACAUUGAGGGUGGAACAGCCAGUGGCUUCUACACUGUUGAGGACACGCACUACGUCACCAGGAUGUACCGUGUGUAUGGGAAGAAGAACAUCAAGCUGGAGCCUGUACCCCUCAAGGGGGCCUCCCUGGACCCUAGGUUUGUUUUCCUGCUGGACCAAGGGCUGGACAUCUGUGUGUGGCGGGGGGCUCAGGCCACGCUGAGCAGUACCACCAAGGCCAGACUCUUUGCAGAGAAAAUCAACAAGAACGAGCGGAAAGGGAAGGCAGAGAUCACGCUGCUGGUACAGGGCCAGGAGCCUCCUGAGUUUUGGGAGACACUGGGCGGGGAGCCCUCUGAGAUUAAGAAGCACGUGCCUGACAACUUCUGGCCACCCCAGCCCAAGCUGUACAAGGUGGGCCUGGGCCUGGGCUACCUGGAGCUGCCACAGAUCAACUACAAGCUCUCCGUGGAGCACAAGAAGCGGCCCAAGGUGGAGCUGAUGCCGGGGAUGCGGCUGCUGCAGAGCCUGCUGGACACGCGCUGCGUGUACGUCCUGGACUGCUGGUCCGACGUGUUCGUCUGGCUGGGCCGCAAGUCCCCGCGCCUGGUGCGCGCCGCCGCCCUCAAGCUGGGCCAGGAGCUGUGCGCGAUGCUGCACCGGCCGCGCCACCGGCUGCCUGAGGAGGAGUUCGGCCACUUCUACACGCAGGACUGCUACGUCUUCCUCUGCAGGUACUGGGUGCCCGUGGAGUACGAAGAGGAGGAGAAGGAGGACAAAGACGAGAAGGCAGAGGGCAGGGAAGGCGAGGAAGCCGAGGCGGAGGAGAAGCAGCCCGAGGAGGACUUCCAGUGCAUCGUGUACUUCUGGCAGGGCCGCGAGGCCUCCAACAUGGGCUGGCUCACCUUCACCUUCAGCCUGCAGAAGAAGUUCGAGAGCCUCUUCCCAGGCAAGCUGGAGGUGGUGCGCAUGACUCAGCAGCAGGAAAACCCCAAGUUCCUGUCCCACUUCAAGAGAAAGUUCGUCAUCCACCGGGGCAAGAGGAAGGCAGCCCAGGGAGCCCUGCAGCCCAGCCUCUACCAGAUCCGCACCAACGGCAGCGCCCUCUGCACCCGGUGCAUCCAGAUCAACACUGACUCCAGUCUCCUCAACUCCGAGUUCUGCUUCAUCCUCAAGGUUCCUUUUGAGAGUGAGGACAACCAAGGCAUUGUGUAUGCCUGGGUGGGCCGGGCAUCAGACCCUGACGAAGCCAAGCUGGCAGAAGACAUCCUGAACACCAUGUUUGAUGCCUCCUACAGCAAGCAGGUCAUCAACGAGGGUGAGGAGCCUGAGAACUUCUUCUGGGUGGGCAUCGGGGCACAGAAGCCCUACGACGAUGACGCGGAGUACAUGAAGCACACCCGGCUCUUCCGGUGCUCCAACGAGAAGGGCUACUUUGCGGUAACUGAGAAAUGCUCUGACUUUUGCCAAGAUGACCUGGCAGAUGAUGACAUCAUGUUGCUAGACAAUGGCCAAGAGGUCUACAUGUGGGUGGGAACCCAGACAAGCCAGGUGGAAAUCAAACUGAGCCUGAAGGCCUGUCAGGUGUACAUCCAGCACAUGCGGUCCAAAGAGCAUGAGCGACCGCGCCGCCUGCGCCUGGUCCGCAAGGGCAAUGAGCAGCACGCCUUCACACGCUGCUUCCAUGCCUGGAGCACCUUCCGCAAGGCCCUGGCCUAGGGCCGCCCGUCACAGCCCCAGGCCUGGGUGAGAAAGAGGAAGGGCCCUCUGUCUGCUACUUGCUAUUGGAGAAUGCGCGCAGGUGACAGCCCCUGGUCCUGCCACCUUCCAGUGCUACAGCCCCCAGCAGCACACAGCCCCAAGCAGCACCAGUGAGGGUGACCUGAUGGGUACCCUGGGGGGGUCUGGGAGAUCGGGCUCCCUCCAGUGUGAGCGCACGUGUGAAAUCCCCACCCUUCACCGCCAGGGAGAAAGCAAAUGUGGUUGCUCUUUAAGAGGUAUUAAAUGCUUUUAUUUUCGAUAUUAAAAAUCAGUAUUUUUAAUAUUAAAA